AUGCUGAUUAUCCGCGACCUGAAGACAAGCAGAACCACCUGGCAGUCCAGCCGCCUCCAUUCGACCUCGACCUACUCAAGGCCCUUCAAGCGCAUCCCGCCCGGCGUCGUCGUCAUGAAGUUCGGAGAGCAGCUGCGCUCCAGCGCUAUCAAAGAGUAUCAGUGGUACUACAUCGACUACGAGGGGCUCAAGGCCGACCUUAAGAAGUCCAGCGGCCCACUCGUCGAACAAGACGCCCAAGGCGAUAGCGCGAAAGGGGCCAGGAAAGGCAAAGGAAAGGCCAAGCGGCAGUGGACUGAGGAUGACGAGAGCCGUUUCGUAUACCGGCUCGAGGGAGAGCUACAGAAGGUCUACCAGAAACAACAACUAAAGACCAUUGAGAUCCAGCGUCGGAUUCAGGCCAGCGAGCGCGACGUCAACGACAUUGUCUCGAGGCUGAACGAGCGCCGAGCCGGCGAGGAUGGCCCAUCCGAGGAGGAGUUUAUGGUGCUCGAAGAGGACCUGAGCGACAUCAUCGCCGACGUCAACGACCUGGCCAAGUUCAUCCAACUGAAUUACACCGGUUUCUACAAGAUCAUGAAGAAGCACGACAAGAUCACCGGCUGGCAUAUACGACCCGUGUUCGAGGCGCGCAUGAAGGCGAAGCCUUUCUACAAGGACAACCACGAUGAGCUGUUGGUUGACCUGUCCAAGCUCUACGACAUCGUUCGCACCAGAGGCAAUCCGAUUAAAGGUGACAGCGCCGCUGGUGGUAGUCAGGCAAACUUUGUUCGUAACACGACCAAGUACUGGGUGCACCCGGACAACAUCACCGAGGUGAAGCUUAUCAUCCUCAAGCACCUACCGGUGCUGGUCUUCAACGCUAAUAAAGAGUUUCACCCGGAUGAUUCUGCUAUCACCUCAAUCUACUACGACAACCCUGACACCUGGGAGCUGUACGAGGGCCGACUCAAGAAGACAGAAGGAGCUGAGGCCAUCCGUCUGCGGUGGUAUGGCGGCAUGAGCACCGAUAAGAUAUACGUCGAGAGAAAGACUCAUCGUGAGGAUUGGACGGGCGAAAAGUCCGUCAAAGCCCGAUUUGAGGUACGCGAGAAGCAGGUCAACCCGUAUAUGAGGGGUGAGAUGCUCCCGGCAGCUGUCAUGGAAAAGCAGCGGAAGACUGGCAAGAAACCGCAAUCUGCCUACGACGAGGACGAGAAGUUGGCACAGGAGGUGCAAUGGGAAGUCCUGAAGAAGGGGUAUGAGCCCGUUUGCCGAAGCUUCUAUCACCGAACCGCUUUCCAACUUCCGGCGGAUGCCAGAGUCCGUAUAUCACUGGACUCGGACCUGACCUUGAUCCGCGAAGACAACUUGGAUGGUCGUAAAAGAAGUGGUGAUAACUGGCGUCGCAUGGAUAUUGGCGUUGACUACCCCUUCUCCCAGCUGCCGCCCGAAGACAUCUGCCGGUUUCCUUAUGCGGUGCUGGAGGUCAAGCUUCAAACACAGGCUGGUCAGCAGGCCCCGGAAUGGGUGCGCCAGCUAGUCUCCAGUCACCUGGUUGAGGCUGUACCAAAAUUCUCCAAGUUCAUCCACGGCUGCGCUACCCUGUACCCGGAUCGGAUCAAGUUGCUCCCCUUCUGGUUGCCCCAGAUGGACGUCGACAUCCGCAAGCCUGCCACACACAACUUCGGAAUUCAGCGGGGUGGUCACUCUGGUACUACGGGCACUUCAGAGGACGAAGAUGACGAUUUCGACUCUGAUGAUGAGGAGGCGAGGACGGCUCCACGCGGCCAAGAGAACAUCAACAAUGGUGGCACAUCCAACGGAUUAUCACCAGAGACUGGCGCGCACGGGGCUGCGGUGGCACACAGGUUGCGCCAAGCACAAGCCGAUGGCUCGACAGAUGUCGAAGAUCAGACGCGUCUUCUGCCCGCGAAUGAUGACGCUUAUGAGCUCUACGAAUCGGAUGAAGAAGAAGAAGAGCAAGACCGGUUGGAAGAGGCCAGAAGAGUCGGCGGUCUUACGUAUGCCUCCACACUGGUCCAGACCAAAGCAAAGGCUGCCGGUCGUGGCCUGUCCAAGCUAGGUGGCGUUGUGAAUAACCUGAGAUCUGGGAGCGAAAUCCCGGCGCACGAGAGGACCAUCGCGCUGUACGGGACGACCCAAGUGCAAAACAAAAAGUUUGUUGCGCCUCCAGGAAAGAAGAUAUACGUGCCUGUGAGGGUGGAGCCCAAGGUGUAUUUCGCGGCUGAGAGGACCUUCCUCAACUGGCUCGAGUUCUCCAUUUAUAUCGGAACCAUCGCCACGACCCUUCUUAAUUUCGGCAACAAGCCGAGCAGAAUCUCUUUCGUCGUCUCGGGAAUAUUCACCCUUGUAGCCAUUGCGGCCCUGUUGUAUUCGGUUGGGACGUACGUCUAUCGAAGCCGGUCGAUUCGUGCCCGUAAGGCGGCCAAGUUUUACGACUGGUGGGGUCCGUCGCUUCUGUGUGUUCAACUCUGGUGGUUGCUGUCAUUGCGAAUUUCGCCUUUGAGGGAUAUGAGCGGCAUUGGUGGUAAGCUUUGCAUUUUUCCGGCGCGGCUCUUGUGA